AUGUCCAUCAGGAUUGUGGUGGACAACCGGCCAGAAUUCUACACCAACCUGGACUAUGUCUCCGGGCGAGUUGUGCUUGCGGUGAACCGCGCCGAGCAGAUUGGCAACAUUGUUGUCAAGCUCGAGGGCGAGUCAACCACAGCCUUGCAGGUGCCUCACCCCCACGAGGACCUCAGGCAAGGUCCGCUACCAGGUCCUCCAGGGAGCACCGUCAGCGAGACGCACAAGCUCCUUUACAAGAUCCAGCAAGUCUUCCCGGAUGAUUAUCACUCAAGUAGCAAUAACCCCCAUGGCGCUCAUCCGCUAUUGCCUGGGGAACACUCCUUCCCUUUCAAGUUCAAGCUCCCCAUAAACAAUGCCUGCAGCGACCACAUGGCCAUGUCGAAGAUAGGAGGCCUAGCUGGCAUGGGCGGGUUUGGCCAAGGGGGCGGGUUGUUCGGAAUGGGAGGCGUGAGAGUCAUGGACGGCAGCAAGCAGUUAUUCCUACGUCAUGUCACAAGGACACUGCCGCCUUCCCUCACGGGCUUCCCUAUGGAAGCCGAGAUCAGGUACUACAUCAAAGUCACGGUACACAGACCUGGGUUUCUGAAAGAGAACUGGCGGUUUCAGGCCGGACUCAAGUUCAUGCCCAUCGAACCUCCAAGACCACCCAAGACAGGGCAGGAGGCGUUUGCACGUCGUCCCUUUACCUUCCGGCUACAGUCGCCCGGUCAGCCCGAAAGGAAGCGUAGCUCGUUCUUCCCGAAAAAAGGAGAUGACUCCAAGCUGGGGAGCGACACAAAAGGUGCCCAAGACGCAGGCAAUGCUCCAGCGCCCUCCGUCGAGAUCUCGGCGAGAUUGCCUCACCCACCGGUAUUGACCUGCAACAAGCCUGUCCCUCUUCGACUCGUGGCCAAGAAGCUAGCCAACUGCCCCGACGAGGUGUUUCUUACGUCCUUUCAGGCCGAUCUAGUUGGGUAUACGGAAAUCCGAUGCCACAGCAUCCUCAGCCGACGAUCCAACCGCUGGGUCAUCGCUUCCAGCAUAAACCUAGCAAUACCGCUGACAGCAUCGCCCUCGGAUGAAAUAGGAAGAGAGAUUGUGGUUCCCGACUCAUUAUGGAAUACGACUGCGCUCCCCAACACCGUAGCGCCGUCUUUCACCGCAUGCAACCUCAGUAGGAGAUAUGAAUUGGAGAUCAGAAUCGGAGUGUCAUGGGGGCGGCCGCCGAGCAAAACCAGCAAGUUGUUGAAUGGCAGUUCUUCCCAAGCACCGGAGAUACACCUGCCACUUCAGUUUCAAAACGUCGAGGUCUUCUCGGGAAUCACCCCGCCUGCUGAACUCCUCGAAGCAACCAGAACCACAGCGCCAGGGCGUGCGACUUUCGCAAUGAACAACCCAGGUCCUCGAUUACCGCCGCGGCAGAAUUCAACACCACAGGCUGGGCCAAGUGCUGGGCGAGGCCAACCAGCACGACCUCAGGCUCAAGCACCAGCACCAGCACAUGAUCCGCUGUACCCUCCUCAGCUGCAAGCUGGACAGAGCGCCCCCGCGUAUGACGAUGCCCCUCCGACUUACGAGGAGGCCGUGGCCGAAAACCUGGCUGGACCAUUCGACGGCAUGCAGGAAAGGCCAGCGUAUAGCGGUGUUACGAAUGAGAACGCGCCUAGCCAGAUGCCCACGGAGAAGAGCUGA